AUGUCCAGGGAAUGUUUCCGGCAGCCCAAUCAGUCCAAGUUUGAGAAAGUGGCACACGCACUGCUCUUGAUUCUGGAUCCUGUGGAAUGUAACAAGACCAUUCCUUGGCCUCUCCUUGAAGAUAAGUCCUUGAGGAGUGAAUUCCGCAACAAGUUCGUCAAAUUCAUCAAAAUGAUCAAUUCAAAAUAUCCACAAGCUGAUAUUCCAGAGAUUCAAGCUUCCAGGUUGCAUUUUCCUGGGGGUUUGCACUUCCUUCAGUUCAUGUACAAGUUGUCCUCCUUCGCCGUAUGGUUAGAAUUGACGAGAUUGUCAAGUCCUCAAGAAAUGGAAGAGCUCUUGCCAAAGUUUCGUCCAUCCAAGUUGCCAAAGGACAAUAUGGUGAAGUUAAAAAUCGUGAAAGGCGCUCAUCAGGAAGCUCAGUGCAAUCUGCAGCAAGUGACAGAAUACCUGGACACUGCACUUCCACUCAUGCAGAAUUUAGAAAGCCAUGUUGAGAAAUUGUGCUCCAAAAACCUGGUAGCGACCAACCAGUUGAAGAACCAUGUCGCAAGUCUAGACGUAGAUGAUGAGAUUAAAGAGCAGCUUAUCGAUAUUGAAAAUGCUGAUGCAAUAAAAGAUUGGAACGCGAGGACAAACGAGAAAGUGGCAGAGCUGAAAAAGCAAGCUGGACGGCUGGUUCAGCUGAGGGACUUGACUGCUGAGUGCAAGCGGAGGAAGGCAGCAGCUGCCAAGACUUCUGAGGAUCUGUGUCUGGACGGUACGAAGCUAGCGAUCUCCCCUGCACUCGCUGAGAUGGUGGCCUCCCCUGUGUACAACAGCAGUGGAGAUGUGAGACUGGCGGCGGUGCUGAAGGCGGGGCAAGCGUGGGCGGCGGGCAUGGUUUCGGAAACUCCUACCACGUCCUCGCUGCUCCCCGAAGUUCAGGAGCUCCUGAAGCAGUACCGUGAACUGCAGGCGCGGGCUAUCAACCUGACCGCUGCCUUAGACACGUGUUGCAAUCAGAGCAGAAGAGUCAUCAGCAAACUGCGACCCAUUGUAUAUGCAUACAUCAAGCAGAAACAAGCUCCGGACCACUUCAAGUACCUGAGAGCCCCCCCUACACUUCAGUUUGCUAAACCCAUUUCGCCCUGCAAACCUCCAUCAGCUGUCAAAAAAGAUAAACGAAGGCGUUGGUCGGACAUAGUGAGGAAGAAGAAGAGCCACAGGAGGGUUGUGUGCUCUGUCAAGUGGAAAAGGUCCCAGGUGUCGAUUUUCGGACACUCCUUCCUCCAAGGGGUUCCGGCAUCCGGGUGUAGCUUCCAGCAUAAAGCGAAGCACCCGCCACAGCAUUUCACAGUCCCGUAUUCCAACCCACCUGGCUACAUUGCCCCGCCGCCCCCACCUGGCUACAUUACCCCACCGUCCCAGUCAAGUAGGAACAUUGCCUCGCCACUCAACGGUCUCCGCCACCUCCACCCCUGCGCUCACUUGCCGGAAAUCUCUAUUGAAGAUCUGUCACCCCUCUCUGAGGUAAGCUUUGUGACAAGUGGACCAAAAGAGACAGUGUCAACUCCACUGCCAGCCGUAGAGGCCACUCCUCUUUCCUUCAAACGAAAGUCCAUCUGUGACCUCGUCGAGAGAUAUCGGAAGUUGAAGAAGUCAAUGGAGUCCAACAAUUAA